UCUACUGCGAUGCCUGCGCCGUCUGCGGGGGGCCGAGACGCUAGGCCCGCUCCCGACCGGGAGCAGGAGUCCGGGCGUGCUCGGUUCUGACCGACGCUCGGGAGGCGCGCCGGCCACCGGCAGUGGAUGCCGAACCGCCCUGCCCUGCUCUCCGCAGCGAGGAGUGGCGAGGCGCGACGAGGCGCUCAGUUGUGACCUAGGCACCGCGGAGGAGACGCGGAGCACGCGAGGUGCCAGACCAGACCCUCGCCCUCCUGCGCCGCGGUGUCAGCCUUGGACCAGCUGCGGCUGUCUAGGGUGCACUCUGGCAGGUCGUGCGGCGCGCGGAGGCGCACUGACAUCACGAAGACGGGCCUGGGGAGGCGGGCACGCGCGCUUCCGGCCCAAGCCGGAAGCCCCAACUGCGGCGGCAUCCGGGACGGCGGGCGGGAGGGCCACCCGGGACAGGAAGGUGAGAGCCGGGACCUGCUCAGCUUUGCAGGCUGUCUCGGACGGCGGCCGCUGCUGGGCGCCGGACUCGCGGCGCUGCAGGCACAGAGCAUGGAGAAUGAUGAACUUCCGUCAGCGGAUGGGGUGGAUCGGAGUGGGGCUGUAUCUGUUAGCAAGUGCAGCAGCAUUUUACUAUGUUUUUGAAAUCAAUGAGACUUACAACAGGCUGGCUUUGGAGCACAUUCAACAGCACCCAGAGGAGCCUGGUGAAGGAACCACAUGGACACACUCCUUGAAAGUUCGCUUACUCUCCCUGCCUUUUUGGUUGUGGACAAUUAUUUUUCUGAUACCUUACUUACAGAUGUUUUUGUUCCUUUAUUCUUGUACAAGAGCUGAUCCCAAAACUGUGGGCUACUGUAUCAUCCCCAUAUGCUUGGCAGUUAUUUGCAAUCGCCACCAAGCAUUUGUCAAGGCUUCUAAUCAGAUCAGCAGACUACAACUGAUUGACACAUAAAAUCAGUCAUUGGUUUUUCUUUAUGAUUAUGAAACUGCCAGUACAUUAUGGAGUCUGAUCACAAGAAUGCGAUUUCUUCACAGAUCUCAGGAAGUUGUGGUGCGACAGAGGCUUUUUAAAAAUGUGACUAAGGGACGAUCUUUAUCUGAAUAACAAUGAUUUUUUUAGGUAAAGCCUGAGAUAUAGUACUACAGAAUCAUGUUGAUGACUUCAGGUUUUGCAAGUAAAAUUGUGUCUUGUUAUUUGUAUUCUUUAGAAACUUGAACUCAUUUAGUACCUGAACUCAUUUCUCUUAUACUGUGCAACAUAGUGACAAUUGAGAAAAUUUUCCUUUGGGGAAAAAAGUGAAUAUGAACAUUUCCAUUGUGUUAAGUGUAAAAAGGUCCAAAUAUGAUCAUAAAAUUUAAAUUUUAUACAA